ACAUUAGUUUUAGCAUAUUUUCCGAAACUCCUUGAAAAAUUUUAUCCCUUAAAAGAAAUUAAAAAGAAUUCAAAAUAUUGCAGAAAAUAUCACUUAUUUAAAAAGAUUUAUCUGAAAAUGGGUCAACAGAUGUCAAUAGCAGUUGCAGCAGAGUCAGCUGUGAAUAUUUUAGAUAAACCAAAAAUGCCAGCAAAUCAUCCUGAAAUCAAGUCCACGAAUGCUGAAAUUCCUCCAGAAUGUCCAAUGCAUGCAAAUCAUCAACCAAAAGUUGAAGUGAAGAAAGAAGAAACAGUUUUAGUAUCUGAAUGUCCUGUUCAAGGUGAUAUUAAUCCACUAAACAUGAUGCCACCAGCAAAUCAACAGCCAGCAAAAGACCAACCUUUCUCUCUUCCUACUAAUCGUCAACUCUCAACAAUCCCACGUGCUGUUCCCGGUCCAGAUGGCAAACAGUUCUGGGAAUAUCCGAGCCAACAAAUGUUUUGGAAUGCUAUGCUUCGAAAAGGAUGGAAAUGGCAGAAAGAUGACAUCGCUGCUAAGGAUAUGGAUGACAUAAUCAAAAUUCACAAUGCAAAUAACGAGCAAGCAUGGCAAGAAGUUCUUAAGUGGGAAGCACUUCAUGCUCGUGAAUGUGGAUCACCAAAGUUAAAAAGUUUCGGUGGCAAAGCUCAAGAUUACAGUCCUCGUGCGAAAAUCCGCAACUGGAUGGGAUAUGAAUUGCCAUUCGACAGACACGAUUGGAUCGUCGAUCGUUGUGGUAAAGACGUUCGCUAUGUCAUCGACUAUUACGAUGGUGGAAUCGUUGAUGACAAAUAUAAAUUCGCUCUUUUGGAUGUUAGACCUGCAAUGGAUUCAUUUGAUAAUGUUUGGGAUAGAAUGAAAGUUUGUUACAUGCGUUGGAGAAUGGAAUACUUCGAGAAGCCUCAAUCAGAGAAAUCAAACUAA